CGCCGCUGCCAGCCGUGUUGAAUGCCACAACAGAAGCGCGUAAAGUGUUUUCCACAGAAAAAGUAACCGCAGUCAUUCACAUUAAUCAGGCAACGAAAUAUUUAGUAAAGGCCUCUGCCAGCCUUCUGUCUAAACAAGUUUUUGUUGGGCUUCAUUAGCAGCAUCUUUUGUCUCUCUAUCGCCAUCGCUAUCGCUAUUCAGUUCUCUCUAUCUCGCUGUGCGUUCUGUGUUCUGUGAGCGUGUGUUUGUCGGUGUGUGCGUGUGUGUGUGCGUGUAUUUGUGCGCUUGUGCGUGUAUAAGAUUAAUGAGCCAAAAGUGUUUUAUCGUGUUGUGUGAUAAAUAUUUAAUACAAUAUCAAAUAAAUGUUGCAUAAGCUGCCAACUCUGUCGACGCAUCAUCACAACAAGAGAAACAACAACAACAGCAGCAACAUCAACGAGAGCAGCUCAUAUUCUCUGUGACACAAGUCAAUUGACAAGCGAUAAGUUCGAGCUGAAACCUUUUUCCUUGGAACAAUUACUAAGUACGCAUUCUAAGCACGACCACACAAAUGCCAAAGAAGCUACAAAGUCCAGCCACAAUCUGUAAAUAAGCUAAUAAAAUCAGAGGUUUAUUCAAGCCAAAAAUCUACUCGAAUCGCCAGAGUCCAGAGAUUUUCUGUGAGAUAUUCGAGGUUCUUGCCCCAUUUGGUAUUGGUGGCACGUUUGCUUGCAACAAAGGCAACGCACAGUGAGUCAAAACAGCUGCGCAACGAAAUCGCAGUGCGAAUUCAAUUAGGCGAGAAAGUGACGACGAACUCAAGGUUCCUCUUCGCUUCGUAUCUUCCGCCCCCUCCGCCCCUCGAUCCAAGGAUAAAGGCUUCCAAAUGUUAAAUUUGAAGAGGCGUGUCAGUGUAUUAGUGUAAAAGCAUUCACUUUUAUGUGCGUGUGUGUGUGUGUCUCAGAUUGUGCCAAAUUACCGUAGAACAAUAGGAAAAUUGCAACGCUUUUACUUUGCCCAAAUAUUAACAAUAACAAUUCAAUUCAAAUGUCUGCCGUUGAACUAAAUGGCAAUGUGCCGGCAAUGGAAUUUCAUCAGAGACAGCACAUGGUGGCGCCUUUUGCGGGCGCACCGGCUGGCUUCGCUGCCGCACCUGGACCGGCGGCUGCGGCCGCUGUGGGUGCACCAACAGCAGCAGCAGCAGCGGCGGCCGACAGCCUGUCUCUGGCCGUGACAGCAGCCACGAUAAAAAAGUGAGCAGCCGGCAGUGGGCAUGCAGCUGAAGGCAUCGGGCGAGUCCUCGGCCGCUGGCAAUGGCAACACAGGAGGAGCCGCCGCAGGAGCGCCAACAGCGGGCUCAACAGCAGUGGCAGCGGCCACCAGCGUUGCCGAUGGCGUUGUUGUUAACACGCCGCUGUAUAUGCAACAACAAAAGACAAAUCUGUCAACACAACAACAACAGCAGCAACAAGCAACACAACAACAGACACAGUACAAUGGCAGCAUCAGCAAUGGAGCUGCUGCCGUUGUGCCAGCAACAACUGCCACGACGCUGGUCACGCAACAACAGCAGCAGCAGCAACAACAACAACAACAACAGCAGCAGCCACCCGCAUCUCUGACAAAUGGACACGCCAUGGAGCAACUGCAGCAGCAGCAGCAGCUACCGCAUACCCCACAGAAUGUGCUCAGCAUUUCCACAGUAUUGAUUGCCAAUGAGGCAGCCGAGCCACAGCAGAACUCAGCGUUGCCACAUGCAGGCGGUGGCGCCACCGCAGGUGGCACUGCCGGAGCUGGCGGCGGUGGCGGAGGAGGGGGAGUUGGCAGUGGAAGUAUUGGUACGCCAAGCUCACCGCUCAGCAGCUCACCGUCCAGCGUUACAGUUGUUGCCGCCACAGCAGCCACACUCAACGGCAACAGCAGCAGCAGCUGCAGCAACAACAAUAACAACAACAACAACACCAGCAACAGCAACGAUGGCAAUGCAUCGGGCAACACAUCACCAAUUGCCAGCGGCGAGCCGCUGCUACAAACACCACCAGCCGCGCAGCAACAGCAGCAGCAACAACAACAACAACAGCAGCAGCAGCAGCAACAACAGCCAACACUCAAUAUAUGCAGCAGUCCGACAGCAGGCACCUCGGUGACAGCCAGCUCGAUAGCAGCGGGCGCCUUGGCAGCGACCAGCAGCAACAGCAUCUCGACAGGAUUGCUGCCGACCACCGGGCUGGAUAGUAAUGCCAAUUGCGGCGUCGCAGCUGCAGCUGCAGCUGUUGCCGCCAGCACAUCGCAGGUGUUGGCGCAUCUGAGUGGCGCAAGUGGCAUCAUGACUGCCGCGGUGCAGUCCCCGAAUGUGGUAACUAGUCUGAGCAGCGCUCUAGUCCCAGCCCAGCCCGUCUCAUCGGUGGCAGCUGCCGUUGCUGCUGCCGCCUCGUUGGAUCCCAAGAGUCAGCCGAAGCGUCUGCACGUCUCCAACAUACCGUUCCGCUUCAGGGAUCCCGAUUUGCGUGCCAUGUUUGGGCAAUUUGGCCCCAUUUUGGAUGUGGAAAUCAUUUUCAAUGAACGCGGCAGCAAGGGAUUCGGUUUUGUAACAUUCGCUAACAGCAACGAUGCAGAACGAGCACGCGAACGUCUUCACGGCACCGUGGUUGAGGGACGCAAAAUCGAGGUGAAUAACGCCACUGCACGUGUACAAACCAAAAAAGUGACAGCAGUACCCAACGUUGUACUGACCAAAGACGGUGCCAUACCGGCUCCAGCUCUAGUUUGUGUGCAAUGGCCUGAAGCCGUAGCCGCCGCUGCCAUGCGUGGAGUUGCCAUACAGCGUGGACACGUGGGCGUGGUCGGUGCCGCACCCUACCAUCAUCCCCAUCAUCCGCACCAUCAUCAGGCGCUGGCAGCCGUCGCUGCCGCCGCCCAGCAGCAACAGCAACGUCAAGUGGCCGCCGCCGCCGUGGCCGCAGCAGCCGCCCAACAGCAGCAGCACCAGCAACAACAGCAGCAGCAACACCAACAGCAACAGCAGCAACAACAACAGCAGCAGCAGCAACAACAACAACAGCAACAACAUGCCGCAGUCGCCGCCGCCGCCGCUGCCCAACACUCACAGCACGCCGCUGUCGCCGCCGCCGCAGCCGCUGCUGCUGGCCACACACAUCCGCAUGCCCAUGCGCACGCCCUCGCCCCGCAGCUGGCCCAGCUGCAGCCAACGCUCCAGGCCGUCGCCGUGCCCGCUGGCGCUGGCAGCGCUGCGGCAGCUGCUGCCCAGCAGCAAUCGGUGCUGCAACAAUCACUGGCAGCGGCCGCUGCCGCACAGAAUCAGGGCGUGGCGGGCAAUGCCGCUGCCGCCGCGUAUGCGGCUCGCCUCUCCGCUGCUGCAACGGCUUCCCAAACGCCGGCCGCUGCUGCUGCGGCUGCUGCUUCCAUGGCUGCGUCGGCCAAUGCGGCCAACAGCGCUGCAGCUUUGCAUGGAUUUGCGCCCGUAUACUAUGAUCAUCCCUUCUUAGCAGCCGCCGCUGAUCCAAAUCUACGCUUCCAGGCAGCCGCCAAACCGGUCACUGAAGUUCCAGCCGCACAGCCAGCCGCCAUAUUAAAUCGCCGCACUGUGACUACGCUAAACAGUACCCCACAUACGAUCAACCGCAUUCCGGUACCACAGAAUGUUUUGGCCACAGCUCCGCUGUUAAAGACACCCCUGUCUCAGGCCCAGCAGCAGGCAUACGCCACAGCGGCCACCACUUACACGGCGGUCGCUGCCCGGUAUGGCGCCGCCGCAGCUGCCGCCGCCCAACCAGCACUCGCUGGCUACGCCACCGUAGCGGGUUAUGCGCGCGAAUAUGCGGAACCUUAUCUAGGCCAUGGAAUUGGACCCGUGCCUGGCUAUGGGGCAACAAUGUAUCGCGGUGGACGAUUCAUGCCAUAUUAAAAAGCUACACAAGUCAGCCAAAUAAUGCACUUGGACUCCUCUCGAAAAUGCUCAAUGUAUGAACAAAAAUUAGACGUAAAUACUCGUACUCCUCCUCUACAGUGCAGUAAGUAGCAGUUAACUCUAAACUGAUAGAUGCAGAUACUCAAUCCACACUGAACAGACGCUCAAAGAUGAAACUAAUACAAAUUGAAAUCCACACUCAAUAUGGAGAGUUGAAAAUCAAAGCUAAAAGCAGCCACAUCAAAAACUAAAAAAAAACAAAAAAAAACAA